UCUCUCUCUCUCUCUCUCUCUCUGUUUCUCUCUCUCUCUCUCUCUCUCUCUCUCUCUCUCUCUUACUGUCUUGCUCGCUCUCUCUCUGUUUCUCUCACACAGAGCUCAGCAUCUCCAGUCUCACGAAGCGUAAAUCCACCGGUCUGAUGCUCCACAGAGGCACCCUCCAGUCCAUCUGAGCUGUUUGUGGAAAGGAUUUGAGUCACAGUUCCUGUGAGAGCCUGCUUGAAGAAAUGGCAUCCGCAUUAGAGCAGCAGUGAUCUGGACCAGAGCCGCAGCAGGGAUGAAUGCAUCAGAUCAGUCCUCCUACCAAGAGGAGGUGAUGCUGGGUAACUCCACCUGGGCUUAUUACUCCUAUCACCAAAACUACACCCUGUCCCCUCCACUGCUACCAGACAAGACCAGCACUUCCAAACCUGCAGCAUGCGAGCAGGUCCACAUCGCUAUAGAGGUCUUUCUGAUCCUGGGUAUCAUCUCCCUGCUGGAGAACAUCCUGGUCAUCACAGCCAUAGUAAAGAACAAGAACCUGCACUCACCCAUGUACUUCUUCGUUUGCAGUCUGGCAGUAGCCGACAUGCUGGUGAGCGUGUCCAACGCCUGGGAGACCAUCAUUAUUUACCUCCUCAACAACAGGCAGCUGGUUGUGGAGGACCACUUCAUCAGGCAGAUGGACAACGUGUUUGACUCCAUGAUCUGCAUCUCUGUGGUUGCGUCCAUGUGUAGCCUGCUGGCCAUCGCUGUGGACAGGUACGUCACUAUCUUCUAUGCGCUGAGGUAUCACAACAUCAUGACAGUGAAGAGAGCCGGCUUCAUCAUCGCGGGAAUCUGGACCUUCUGCACGGGCUGCGGGAUCGUCUUCAUCAUCUACUCAGACACCACCCCCGUCAUCAUCUGCCUGGUCUCAAUGUUCUUUGCUAUGCUGCUCAUCAUGGCCUCCCUCUACAGCCACAUGUUCAUGCUGGCGCGCUCGCACGUCAAGCGCAUCGCCGCCCUGCCUGGCUACAACUCCAUCCACCAGCGGGCCAGCAUGAAGGGGGCCAUCACGCUGACCAUCCUGCUGGGGAUCUUCAUCGUCUGCUGGGCGCCCUUCUUCCUCCACCUGAUCCUGAUGAUCUCCUGUCCGCGGAACCUCUACUGCGUGUGCUUCAUGUCCCACUUCAACAUGUACCUUAUCCUCAUCAUGUGCAACUCUGUGAUUGACCCGCUCAUCUAUGCCUUCAGGAGUCAGGAGAUGAGGAAGACUUUUAAGGAGAUCAUCUGCUGUUACAGCCUGAGAAACGCCUGCACCAACAUCUGCACCCUGACAGAAACAGCAGCAAAAACACUGAACGUGAUACGACAUCGGGCCGAGGAGAAGCCCACAUGAUUGCAUGCUCAGUCCCAUGUUUAAUGUGCAGUGUCACGAUAUUAACAGCUGCGGGGGACAUCUUUCAUGUUAGUUAAUGGUUAAGUGACGGCAUGCAAAAAUAUAAAUGUGAGCUUCAGUUGAAAUGACUGAUGUUAGUGUUGGCCAUGUUGAAUAAUAAGAAUUCUUUUAUUUAUGUGUCUGAAUAAAAGCAAAAGGUAAAAUGGUGA